AUGAAUCUUCACGUGGAUGAAAGAGCUAUCCAGGCUAUUGGUAAUGUACUGAAUAACCACGAAAGACCAUUAAAAGAACGCUUUCGUGCUCUGUUUACUUUAAGAAAUCUUGGAGGGAAGAUUGCCAUUGAAUGUAUUGCAAAUUGCUUCAGUGAUCCAUCGGCACUGCUUAAGCACGAGUGUGCAUACUGUUUAGGUCAGAUGCAAGAUCCGAUAUCUAUUCCAGUUUUGACUGAAGUGUUGAAAGACAAAAGUCAAGAACCAAUGGUGCGGCAUGAAGCAGUGGUGGCGGGGCUUAGUGAAGAACUUAAACUGCUGCAUGCCAAAAGUAAAGGAGCUAAGAAAAGAAAUAGGGCUAAAAACUUGGAAAAUAAUGUGUUUAAGGGCAAGAACGGGCUUGGGUUUAGGUUAAGCAACUGGUUCCAAGCACUUGUUAGUGAUGAGGGAGAACAG